CUGGCUCGACCGUGUGAAACGAUUAUUUACCAUCAGAUAAAUGAAUCUUUAGUAAAACGGUUCAAACGUAAAGCAAAGAAUCAUAAGAAAGAAUAUAUCGAUAAAUGGAAAGCUAGUGAAAGCAGUGAUGUUAAUAUAGACAAGGAUAUAAGUUUUGAUGAAGAACAUUUUAAUACAAAUAGCUUAAAUGAUGAAGGGGUGAAUCACAAAGAAAUUCAAACAUCAGACAUAAAAAAAUCCGAUGUAUUAAACAGCCGUCGAUCAUCUUAUUUUGACUCCUCUAAAACAAUUGAACAAGAAAAGGAACCUGUCGCUGAGGAGGAAGUGUUAAAAAAUGAUCAAUCUGAAACUGUUAAAGGUGGAACAAAAAUGUUUGCUCUUUACGAGAUAGGUGAUCCCGACUUGUAUUACAACGCGCGCAUUCAACUUUUUGAAAAGUUGAGUACAGCGGAGGGUAAGACAGUGUGGAACGACUUAACAAUGGAUGAAAUAGCACGUGUGAGUUCCAUCCAUCCGGAGUGGUCGGAUCGUGAUAUAAACGUUAGAUACAAACCAAUAAACUGGCUUCCGAGAGAAAAAUUUACAUUACCACAUAAAAGAUUAUCUCUUGUUGUGCCACUGAGAAUGGAUAGUGAUAAUCCGAUUUUCGAUAAACACGGAGACUUUGUUAUUGUACCCAACAGCGAUAUAAUAACUGUUAGCGAUGCUAAAUUAUUAAAUAAAAGAGAUAAACCUAAUAACUUAACUGAGACUUCGAAACAAGAAAGUACAGUAAAGCUAAAGCGUCAGGUCGUCGUAAGAGUUUCGAGGGCACUGAUGGCAGGAAGUGCAGCGCGUCUUAAAAUUAUUGCUCGCGGUACUGAACAUUUCUUAAAAUUGCCUCAUACAAAACGUUAUCACGCGCAGAUUGAUAUAGAAGGAAGGGCUGAUAAUAACGAACUCGUCUUUGUAGGAGUCGUAACAAGAGAAUGCCAUCCUGAGUUAUCAAACCAAGAUUUGGGGAAAAACGAAAAUACAAUCGAAGGUCCUAUUUUAUUAGCUCCGAGACAUUCUGGAACGUUUCGUCUUAAUAUCCCUAUAGAAAAUGCUAUUGAAAGUGCACACUGUGUGGGUGAGGAUCCAAAAUUGUUAUGUCGCGAGUUACCUGAAGCUCAAACAGCGGCCGCUGGUCUGUCUGUCAAGGAUCGUUCGCGUCGCGCUCGCUCUGUGUGCUAUCCUGAUAUCAUUACAAUAAAUUUAUUUGUGACUUUUGUUGGCGUUCUGUUAGCCUUAUUGCUUUUGGGACUUGUUAAAGCUGUCCUUGGUUUAAUAUUACCGUGUGUCGCUUCGAAUGGUCUUUACCGCUUAUUCCAAAAGCCCCGGAAGAUAGACCAUUAUUAUGAGAGCUGUCUUCGAGCUCGAGAAGUUAUUUACGACGCGGACGGAUGGCCGAUCCAUCCUGACUCUAAACAACGGAACGUAAGGCUCGUCAGCCUUCCCAUGGAAUUCAUCUUAAAUCUUAUGUUCUUUAUCAUCCUACCUUGUAUUAUGAUUUGGGAACUUCUCAGUAAGUUGACAUCACGGUUCAGAGAGAAACACGACUCAAUGAACGACCGCGGACAGAGGGAUGACAUUAAGAAAUGUUUUAGCACUCAAGAUGUUCAGAGCGGGAGGCAUCGUCUACGCCGCCGUCGUGAUAUGCUGCAGCGAUGGAUGACGCCACACGCGGAACAACUCUCCACUGACAUUUGGAAGGACGAGUUGACGCCGAGAUCCACUCCGAGUGACUCCCCUCUCCUUAUUGGAAAAAACUGCUGUUCAACAAACAAAGAACCAACGAUUUCUUCGGAUUCUGACCAAGAAGAUACCGAAUAUGUUUUGAUGCAAAUGCAAAAGAGUAGGGAGUCCCUUGCGGUAAGAGAACAGACAAAAAUUCUUGGAUAA